GAGAAAAGGGGUGGAGGACAGGAAUGAAGGAGGUGAAGAAAAGGGGUGAGGAGGAGGAGGAGGAGGAGGAGGAAGAAGAAGGAGAACAAGCAGAAAUAGAGUUAAAACAAGGAAAACAAAGAAGUUUGGCGCCUGUGGAGCCACGUGACUGGCGAAACUGAUGACGAAACAACUGAUUACCGACUAAUUGAAGCACCAUGGAUCGAUAGGUAAGGGAAAUAUCGAGAGAGAAUGACGUACAAAUCCGUGACGUCACCGUAGCGCAACGUCGACAUCACGAGAGAAAAAAACAUCCAUAAAAACUUUGUUUUUAGUUUAGUAAACCGUUGUUCUCGUGAUUGCUGUCGGUCAUUAAAUAAAAAUUUAAAAACCCUUCGUCAAAUGAAAAGCAGACGAUGAGAAAACGACGAAAAUUAAAGUUUAAACGCACUUUAAAAUGGUAAGAGUGAGAUGCGUGUUGUAGUAUAUUUAACCACAGGAGGCAGCAGUGGUAGCGCAGCCUUGCAUACAGGCUAAAAAUCAUAAUUUUUCUGGGGUCCCUGUGGUGCAGUGGAAUGGGAACAGUGGACAUUCUUGAGGUUACAGUGUUUGCUGACACAUAUUUGUCAGUGACCCAGACGCUGCUCAGGCAGUAAACACCCAGAGGAUGUAAAUAAACUCAAACUGGGAGAAGCUUCAGUUCUGACACCUGACACCUGUGUGUGUGUGUGUGUGUGUGUGUGUGUGUGCUGACGGGGUGUGGGAGAGUAUAUGUAGCUGUGUCACAGCUGCACAUGUUGUUUGUCACAGGUUGACACACAUACACAGGGAGACAGACGAGAGACGUGUUAAUGGAUGUGAAAUCAAACGCUCCUGUGGUUUAGGGAGCGCUUGGUUGAUGUCUUCUCACCUGCAGGCCAGAGUCAGACCAACGGAACUAUAUUAAUCCUCAAGGUUUCGGGGGAAGUCACUGGAUACUUCUGGAACCAAAUCUGUAAGGACCAGGACGAAGAACUGGGCCACAACCAGGACCAUUACUAAGACCAUAACAUUAUAGGGAGCUCAGCUACUUCUAAAUCUGCAACAAUGGCUGAUGGGAAACAGCGUAACCGUGGCGUGUGUCCUCCAGAUGGAGGUUGGGGCUGGAUGGUUGUCCUUUCCUGCUUCAUGGUGACCGUGUGCACGAGAGCAGUGACCAGGUGUAUCUCCAUCUUCUUCCUAGAGUUCCAGGCUGAGUUUGGAGCGGACUACUCUGCCACAGCUUGGAUCCACAGUCUGGUGGACUGCACCACCAUGCUGUGUGCUCCUGUGGGCAGUCUGGUCAGUAAUCGAUGGUCCUGCCGAGUGUCUGUUGUGGCCGGUGGACUGUUGUCCUCCUGUGGACUGCUCCUCAGUUCCUUCAGCAGCAGCUUGGUGGUGCUCUACUUCUCCAUGGGAGCCCUUACAGGUCUGGGUUUCGCUCUCUGCUACACCCCCUCCAUCGCCAUGGUGGGCUGUUACUUCAAACAGAGGAAGGCUCUGGCCUACGGGGUCGCUCUGUCAGGCAGUGGGAUCGGGAUCUUCGUGUUGGCUCCAGUGGUCCAGCUGUUCAUCGAGCUGUACUCCUGGAGGGGGGCGCUGUUGGUACUUAGCGCCUUUGUUGCCAACCUGUGUGUCUGCGGGGCACUGCUUCGUCCAAUUACAUUGCUGGAGGAGGAAGAAGAGGAGAACAUGAAGGAGGUCGCAGGCGACAGAAGCCAAGGUAACGUCUUAACUCCAGCAGCCACCGACAUCUCCAAAGAACCAUCGCUGCAGCUGCUGGAGGAAACCCCCCCCACUCAGGUGCCGAGGAGGCGGUGCUUUAAUUCCUGCUUCCUCUCCAGUAAGGAGUAUCGCUUCCUGCUGCUGCCGGACUUCGUGUUCUUCGCGGUGUCCCUCGUGUUCAUGGCCAGCGGCUGCAGCAUUCCUUUCGUCUACCUGGUGCCGUAUGCUCUGAGUUCCGGAGUCAGCCACCAACACGCUGCCUUCCUCAUGUCCAUCCUGGGCAUCAUCGACAUCGUGGGGAACAUCACAGUCGGCUGGUUGACGGAUCGCAGGUGUGUGAAGCCGUACCGCCUGGCCUGUUACAGUUUUGCCAUAGCCAUGGAAGGUCUCUGCUGCCUCUUGGUUCCGCUGCUUCACUCGUUUCCUCUCCUUGUCCCCUUCGCUGUCCUCUAUGGAUACUUCGACGGUGCCUACGUAGCUCUGAUCCCUGUAGUGACAUCGGAUGUGGUGGGAGCACCGUACCUGUCCUCAGCGCUGGGUGUGGUCUACUUCCUCCACGCCAUCCCCUACCUCUUAAGCCCACCCAUCGGAGGUUGGCUGGUUGACAUCACCCAAAGUUACAGCGCCACCUUCUUCCUCAGUAGCGCCACCCUGCUGGCCAGCGCAAUAAUUUUGUUUACAGCUGUUACUGUACGAAACUGGUGUCGUCAUUCCCGUGGACAGAAAGCACAAGACCCUCCCCCUGAGCCAGUCUGAACCAAUCAGACUGUAUGUCCUAUGACUUCUAAGUUUUCACAAAAUGGACCAACCAAAUGUAUCGACAGGACACAGAAACAAGGACGGGGAAGGUUAUUAGUUAAAUUGUUUGUCUGCAAACGCGCACACACACAGGCACACAGACAAAGCUCAGGUUGCUGGUACGAUACCACAAAAGUGACUCGACAUGCAAACAACAACUGUACCUUUGUACUGUAGUAACUAGACAAGAUACUGAGAGAUCAGUAGAAGUUUUCUUUCCAAAAACGUAUUAUAUUUUUUUGUUGUGAGGUACUAGAUUAGCAUGUGCUAAGCCAUGCUGUCACAGUGGGUGCUUUACAGUUGGAGGCUAGCAAAAACGCUGGUUAACUAUAUUUUUGUUGUGUUGUUUGUUAUAGCUUUUCGUAUAGGAAGAAGAAAUACUGCUUGACACGACGACAGAGACAACAACAAUAAAGUUAACAUUGUGAAUUGGCAGACGUGGAGGCACAAACACUACCUCAGACUGGUAGCACUAGCAACGAUUGUUACCAAUCCCAACAGUCUUGCGAGAAGUGUCGAUACUGAUGUUUCUUUUCAUUUUCGUUGGGUUGCCCCUGUUAGCUAGCAGUGGCCAUGUUUAGCCCUACAGCUAACCAUGGCUACAUUAUUUCUUCAAACUGAUUGCGGGUACAAAUUCCUGGCUGCUAAGAGUAGCAACCAGACCUAGCAAAGGUCU